CCGGACGACCAGCCGCUCCACCCCCGCCCAUCGUCUCCUUCCCUACCGAGCCUCCCAGUGGCGAACAGACCCCCAACCCCUCCUCCGGGUUGACCGCACCGCUAUCUCCACAACCCUUGGAUCCCCCACGGACGGCGGCGAUAUUCUCCUCCUUCCUCUGAAGGUGAGCUUGGUCUUAUGCCCUCUCCCAUCUCUGCCCCUCCCCCCAAUGUACGGCGGCUACACCACCACGGCCAUCGCCCUGAGGGCAAAAUCGUCCUUUUCCUACGCCCCUCUCCCCUUCUUCACCGAGAGAGGCGACCACUGCCGUGGGGACUUCUCUCCCUGCGCCCAUUUCUCCCACCAUGGCUUCUCCAUCAACCCUAGAUUUCUUCUCUAUGGCUACUGCUCCAGGCAAUCCUCUUUGAUCUACUGGUCUCCUUCUAGAUCCUUCCUCUCCAGCAGGGCGGCCGACCGCGCCCGGUGCCGGCGGUCGGCCGUCCGGGAGCUCGGUCUCGGCCCGCAGUGCCGCCGGACCUCUUCCUGGUCCCGGACCUCCGAUGGGGGCUUCUGGGAGAUGAUCGGCCUCCUGGCCGAGGUCAGGAGCUGCUACCGGGAGGGCUACAGCGCUGAGGAGUCGAGAAAUGAAGCCGGUUGUGAUAAAGUUGUCAGCUUGGGGAAGAAUUUGAGGAGAGAGGUAGAAAUCGAGUCGGUUGAUGGGGAGGGCUGGCGGUCUUCCAGGGCGAGGAAGGAUGGGUCGGAGUUGGAUUGUUACAGUGGUUCUGAGAGGAAAGAAGGGAAGGGGAGAAGGGUCUGUGGUGACUCUUCGAGAAAUUAUGGUAGUGGUAGAGUGGAUAUUGGUGACAGGGAGGUUCGGCAAGUUCGGAAGUAUGAGGAUAAUGCUGGGUCGAAGAAGAGGUAUGUGUCGGAGAGUGAUGCUGGUUGGGAUUCGAGUAGAAAGACGGAGUUUCAGGAAAAAGAUGGCAACUUGAGGGCCUCGAGUUCAACAAAGUUAUCUGAAUGGGAAAUUAGAGAUAGAGAGGAGAAAGCUGCCUCCUUGAGGAGAUCGCGGUGUGAAGCGAGGGAAGAACCCGGUUAUGAAGAGCAAAAUGUUGCUGGGCAAGAAGGAUCUUGGAGAUUGACGAGAAUGUCUGGGGUAGGUGAAAAUGAUGCAAGGACAGGUUUGAGUUCUAAGAACAUGGCUGGUGCAAGGAAGGUUGAUAGGGAAGAGGGCUCGGGUUCAGCUGGAAAGUGGCAAGGCAAAGUAGAUAAGAGAGUUGUUGGGCGAACAGGAUGGAAGGCAGAGGAGAGAGAGGAGAGGGGUGCUUUGGGGAUGGAUUCAGCUCAUGAAGCAAGAGAAGUGUGUGAUUACAAAGAAGAAAAUGUUUAUGGAGAAAGGGUGUUGAGGGAAGGAUCUCGGAAGAUUGCUAGAAAGAGAACAUCUGAGGCACAUGGGGAUGAUUCAACGAGGUUUUCCAGUUUUCAGAGCGCGGUUGAUGCAAGGAAGGUAGACAGGGAAGAGGGUUUGGCUGCGAGGCAGCGUAGCGAAAUAGACCAGCGGGUAGUUGGGCAAGCUGAAUUGAGAUUUGCGGACAGAGACGAGAAAGGUGCUUCAUCAAUUGAUUUAGCUCUUGAAGCAAGAGAAGAAUAUGGUUAUGAAGAUGAAUGGGUUGUCAGGCAAAGGGAGUCAAGGCCAGGAUCUCGGAUGGUUACUGGAACAUCUGAUGUGCAUGAGGAUGAUACAAAGAGGUCUUCCAGUUCCAAGAACAUGGGUGAUGCAAGGAAGGUGGGUUGGGAAGUGAGUUCGACUUCAAAUAAGCAUACUGAGCUUGAUCAAGGAGUGGUUGGGCGCACAGAGUUAAGGAAAAGAUCACAAAAGCCCAGGGAAAUAACACAGCUCCGUGACAAAAAUACUGAGAGUGCCUCCGACUCUCAGAGGCAUUAUGAACAAAUGUGGGUGAGGAACAGGGAGGACAGAUCUGCUUCAGCUCAGAGUUCGGUUCCUGUGUCAAGAGAUAAGAGAAGCCAAAGGGAUCAAUGGGUACUUGGCAGAAUGGAAACAGACAAGCAUAAUGAAAGUCGCACUGAUGUUUCUAGUGCCCGUGCUGGUGAUGCUGAAAGGGCCAGCAGUUCACGGAGACUUCUUGAGACUAGAAUGGAUGAUCCAGAAGACUAUUCGGCUAGGAACCAAUGGAAUCUAAUCAAUGAACAAUUCAUGCAGCAAUCCAGUUCAAGAAGAACACAUGAAAGGGAUGCCCAAAAUUUUGAAGUUUCAAGGAGGGACACUGAAAGGGCUUCUAACACACAAGAAAUAUAUAAUACAAGGUAUAAUACGAGGGUAGAGAGUGAAAGUGUCAACUGUGAAUACAGUUCCAGACGAGAUUCUGCCAAGGAAACAAAUAUAUCUGAGUACUCAAGAAAUGACAAUGAAAUGGCUUCCACUUCACAGGAGAUAUCUAAUAUGAGGAUAGAAAACCGUCGAGGGAAUUCUUCAUCGAUGCUGGUUCGAGAUAAGCUGGGGAAACAAAGAAGCACACUUACAGGGGACAGUUCGCAGCCAACAAAAGGGCAAAUGGGUUUUACUGGACGUUUUGAUAGUGGCACUAGCUCUCUAAACACUUAUACCCAUGAGUUAGAUGAUCAGGCGAGUAGAGGUGAGAUGUACAUAAUCAAAGAUGGGUCACUAGAGUCUGCUAGCCGAUCAGACAGGUCCUCUGCAUUGUAUGUUGGAGAGUUUGUCGACAAGGUACAACAGGAGAUUACAACUUUAGAUGGAUUAGACUAUGCUUCCAAAUAUUCUCCUGGAAUUCAAAUAGAAGAAGUACCUAGUGGAGCGAGCAAUGCAACUAGUGGCACACCCUCAAGACUUCCUGCUGCUGCAUCAGAAGACAAAGAUGAGAGGUAUGUAGAAGAAGGUUCCAGGAGAUCUACAUCAAAGCCAGGGAUGAAAGGGCCAUCUGAUGAAAUGUGGGAUGUCAGGGGCCUGACUUCUCAGGAAACUUCUAGGACAGAAGAACCCGAGGAGGGCCCAACAGCUGCUGAAGCUGAGGAUUCCACCACUGCUACUGCAGGAACUGAAAAUGCUGUUGCUCAAAGAUCCCACAGGUCAUUGUGGUCUUAUGUUGCAGAUAUAAUUCGAUUGAGUUGGGGUCUGCAUGCUGAAUCUCGCAACCCAGCUCUGAAAUCGGGUACAAGAUGUUCGUCAAAUGAGUCUGUAAGCAGUGAGGCUUGGUUUUCUGGCCAGGAGCCAGAUGACAAUGAUGAGAUCGAUGAGAAAAGAAGUGGAACACCUAAAGAACCAUUACUGACUAAAAGACCUCUUGAUGAAUCCUAUCCCAGGACGCAUGCUGGUCCAAGUGAAGGAAGCUUUGGAGUGCCUCAAUUGGGAGACAGAGUAGUGAAGUCAGAAGCUGGUACAUCAACCUCAACGGGGAUAACAAAAACAGGUUCACUGGCCAAAGGUUCUUCCACCGUUUCCAUACCGGAAGAAGUAGGCUGGACCGAAGGUGAAAAAGGCAGAGAAGGUAUUCCUUCUAAUGUAAUAACAGUUGACCAGUCAUCAGCACUGACAGAUGAUACAGCUCCAGCCAUCAUAGAAGAAGAUAAAACUAAUAUUGGAAAUGUUCCGUUGCCUGUGAGCAAAUUCACUAGGUUGGAAGAAAAGCUUGUUAGAGAGGGAUCACCUGAAGUUGGUAAACCUGAUGGAAAAGAUGGGGAACUGAAGAGGAGGAAACUGCAAAGGAAUAAGCAAGUCUUAAAAGAAAGAUUUGAUGAGUGGGAAGAAGCAUAUAGGCUUGAAAGUGAACAGAGAAAAACUGAUGAGUUUUUUAUGAGGGAAGCUCUGGCGGAAGCUCGGAAAGCUGCAGAUACAUGGGAGGUGCCAGUUGGGGCUGUACUGGUACAGAAUGGGAAAAUCAUUGCUCGUGGCUGUAACCUGGUGGAAGGGCUGAGAGAUUCAACUGCACAUGCUGAAAUGAUUUGCAUACGUGAAGCUUCUAAUCUUCUUCGGACUUGGCGACUUGCAGAAACAACACUUUAUGUGACACUUGAACCAUGCCCAAUGUGUGCUGGAGCAAUCCUUCAAGCUAGGAUUGAUACUGUGGUAUGGGGAGCGCCCAACAAGCUACUAGGAGCUGAUGGCAGCUGGGUCAGGCUUUUUCCUGGGGAUGGAGGAAGCAGCAGCUUGGAUUCAUCAAAUCAAAUAGUCGGACCUGUCCACCCAUUCCACCCAAGUAUAACAAUAAGGCGUGGUGUUCUGGCAACGGAGUGUUCUGAAGCAAUGCAACAAUUCUUUCAACUGAGGAGGAGGAAGAACAAAAAACCAGAACCAUCACUGCCACCAGUAUCUACUCACCCGACAAAAUUCUUCACAAAGAUACAUGACCUGUUCUCUGUAAUGUUUUGCUUGUAGCAUUUGAAGUCAACCUGAGAUUAUAAUUACUGUAAUGUCUUUCAGCAAAGGAAAUCAAAUUCCUCUGUUUUUGUAUCAAUACAUGCACCUAAACAAUUUUCGUUAGCUGAUGGUGUUUUCUGAGAACAUGGAGCUCAUAAUAUCAAGUAAUGUGCUAAUUAUUACAUGUAGGCUGUAAAGUUCUCUUUUAAAAUGUAUAAUAAGCGAAAACAUUUCUUUCCUUGGUUGUAAAA